CAACACCCCAACUGUAGCUCAAUUGUCUGACACCACCAGACCAGCUGAGAGUCUACUACUGCAGUAAGGAAUUUGGGGCCAAUAAAGCAAGCACUAUUGCAGGUUUUCAUUCACCAGUGACUCGGCAUCCUCGCUUUUCCACAUCGACUCUAUCCGCUUUACACCCACCCCUUCAGCCAUGACUGAAUCCUUUCCCGCAGCGUUGACGGGGCCAACCUCCAAAGAACGCAAAUAUGAUCGUCAGCUGCGAUUAUGGGCUGCUACGGGCCAGCAGGCCCUGGAAGAUUCCCGGGUGUUGUUGGUGAACUCCGACGGCCCGCUAGGCGCUAGCAGUACCGGAGUCUCUGGAGUUGUUGGCGUGGAGGCCCUCAAGAACCUGGUCCUGCCAGGUAUUGGAGGUUUCACCAUUGUUGAUCCAGCAAUUGUUACUGAAUCUGAUCUGGGAGUCAACUUCUUUCUGGAAGAGGAGUCCUUGGGCAAGUCCCGUGCGGAAGAGACAUGCCGGCUACUACGAGAAUUGAAUCCUGACGUUCAAGGGUACUCUUACUCCAAGCAUAUCGCGGAGCUCCUCCGUGAUCCAGACUUCUUGCCGCGGCAUAAGCUGGUGAUUAUCACUGGUCCAACUAACCGUUCCACGCUGGGCUCUCUCAGUCAACAAGCGCAAAGACUGGGCAUCCCUGUGCUAUACGUUCAUUCAGUUGGAUUCUAUUCAACGUUCUCACUGCAACUGGAUGCAGAUUUUCCUAUUGUCGAGACGCAUCCAGACCCAGAGACAAUGCAGGACCUGCGCCUUCUCAAUCCAUGGCCAGAACUUGCCAAUGCCGCAACGGCAGUCGGAGACUUGACUGCCAUGGACGACCACAAACACGGUCACGUUCCCUACAUAUUGCUUCUACUCCACUUCCUCGAGCAAUGGAAACAAUCACACGGGGGCAGUGCGCCAAGCAGCUACAAAGAGAAAACCGAAUUCCGGGAAUUUGUCCGCUCAAAUGCACGCACUGAUAACCCCGAAGGUGGCGAGGAGAACUUCGACGAGGCGGUAGCAGCCGUGCUAAAGACCAUCUCACCAUUCACUCUCCGCAGCUCCACUCGCGAAAUCUUCGAGAUGGAACAGUGCAAGCAACUGACACCUCAAUCCACUGAUUUUUGGGUCAUCGCCUCCGCAAUCAGCACUUUCUACAAUACACAUGGUGUACUUCCCCUGCCAGGCUCCCUGCCCGACAUGAAAGCCCAGUCAGCCGACUACAUCGCGCUGCAGGAUAUCUACAAGAGUAAAGCUCGUCGUGACGUGGAAGAAGUUACCGGAACGAUACGCCAGCUCGAGUCUCAACUUGGCCGAUCCACCCCGCAAAUUCUGGAGCGCGAGAUUGAGGUUUUCUGCAAGAAUGCCGCUCAUAUCAAGGUCGUGCACGGCCGUGCAGUGCCGCAGAUCAGCAGUGACAGCGAUUUGACGACGCUCAAGGCUAUCCGCAGCCAGCUCAGCAUACCGGAUUCCCUGAUUCCAGUGUUCAUCGCAACACAGGUUCUCGACGCGGUGGUGGAUGAAAUCCAGAAUAGCGGCGAGCAAGGCUCUCAGCUCUCGAUUGAUGAUGAGGCUCUGUGGACCAGUCACACUGAACGUAUCCUGGCUCUAUUGAGUCGCGACCAGCCCGUUCCCUUUGACCUCGACGUCCGCGAGGGCAUCGCGAACGCUAUCAUGGAAAUUCGUCGCGCGGAGGGCGGCGAGCUGCACAACAUUUCGUCUCUUACUGGAGGUCUAGUCGCACAAGAGGCGCUCAAGGUGCUCACUAGACAAUACGUGCCGCUUGAUAAUACUUGUGUGUUUGACGGGGCCCGCAGUAGGAGCGAGAUGUAUCGGCUUUGAGGAGGGCUAUGGGGAUGCGCUACACAGCGUGGGGAGGACUAACUUCAUGGCUUUUAUGAUUUAUGAUGUAUUUGUAUUGGAGUCUUAUCGUUAGAGGUGAAAUCCAUACAGAUGAUACGGACAGUCUCGUUCAAGUAGAGAGCUUAAUCGUAUCUUGAACCGUCAUCGCUCUUUCUAUCCCAUCUACAGCGUAGAACUGCUGGCUGGAAAGCAUGGCGAUUGAUGAGAGGGAAUAUGAUAGCUGAGCAGAAAAUGUACAGCUGAAUCUUGACCAUCUUAAACAGAACCGGAGAUGCUAUAUCGCAUCUAUCUGAGAAAGGCCAUUCACCGAGGUCCAGUCAAGUCUUGCCCGCUCUCCGUGACCAAGCCCUGACCUAUCUUUCAAGUGGCAAGACUCAAAAUCAAUCAUCCAACCCAACGAUAAAAUCACCGCUUCUUCUUCCUAAAAUUCCCCCCCUUCUUCGGCCCCAACGGCCCACCGACACUCUCGUACAACCUCUCCCUCCCAAACGCAACAUCCGCAACCCUGAGGAAACUAGUGACCCCCUGAUCUACCACCGCCAGAAUAACAUUCCGAUACCCGUGCCGCAGCCGCAUAUACAUCUGGCGCUCCAUUUUCUCACCCUUCGGCGGAUCCAGCGGGGUACUUUCGAGCAAAGCGCCUAGCUCGGGGAGGGUCGGGAUGGUGGUCGCUUCGCGGG